AGACCCAAGAUUUUCUGAGAGGACAAAAAAUCCACCCUGUACUCCAUUAACAAACAGAAGAAGGAAAAUAUUAAGAAGAACGAUUCGGGUGUCAGAGAUUUAAUAAGUCUCUUCUUCUAUCCAUUAUGGUAGGAUGCUGUGCCGCGGUCGGAGAAGAGACUAAGUACGCCGAUAUGGAUUUCUCCGAAUUGACAAAGAUAAUCUCCCGUAGAGUUCAAAAGCUCGAGCCAGAUAAUGCUGUUAAGAUCAUGGGGUGCAUCCUUCUGAAGGAACCUGGAGAGCAAGAAAUGUUACAGCUAGCAAUUGGCCAUGAGAACAUAUUGGUAUCCAAGAUAAACGAUGCCAAGGCCAUGCUAAGUAUGCUGUCCCCGAACAACUUCACUUCAGCACAAAUGCUUUCCAUACCCGACAAUUCUCAUCAGUUCGGUUCACACCGUCCUUCUGGGUCACGCCCCUUCUCCUCCCCUGCCAGCUUUCAUGUUCCUGCUCCUUAUUGGGAUCCUCAGCUUGCUCCCGAUCAGCACACUCCACUGCAGAGUUUAGAUUUUGGCCCACGACUAUAUACGGAUUCAGUUGGGGAUGAUUACUCUCUUCGUAACCAACCUCAGUUCUUGGGCAUAGAUGAGCAAUUGGAUAAUUUGAAUCCCAUGGGCAGUUACUACUACCCGGAUGCUGCAUUGGCUGGGGAGAUGACUAGUAGGACUAGCAGGAGAUCACAGAGCCUUUCGGAGUUACCUAUGAAGACCUGCCAUUACUACGUCAAGGGGUUCUGUAAGCACGGAGUGAACUGCAGGUACUCUCAUGGACUGUCCUUCCCGGAUGGCUAUUUGCAGGCAUUUAGCCCCGGUAUGAUUGAAUUGCCAAAUGAGGAUCAUGCAUUCACACCAGGGUCACUUGAGAAUCUAGAAAUGGAGAUCAUAGAGCUGUUGAGAUCAAGGAGAGGGAGUCCUGUUUCUAUUGCCUCACUGCCUAUGCUGUAUUAUGAGAAGUAUGGAAGGAAUCUUCAGGCUGAGGGGUACCUCACUGAGAGCCAGCGGCACGGGAAGGCUGGUUUCAGCUUGACAAAGUUGCUUGCCCGCUUGAAAUACAGCAUCCGACUCAUAGACAGCAGACCACAUGGGCAGCAUUCAGUGAUACUAGCAGAAGAUGCCCACAGAUAUAUGGAAUGCAGGAAUGAGAGAAGUGAUCUGGGUUCAGCAGUUGCGAGUUCUCAUCAAAUAUAUCUUACAUUUCCAGCAGAUAGCACAUUUACUGAGCAAGAUGUUGUCCACUAUUUCAGACAAUAUGGCCCAGUUCGUGAUGUGAGGAUUCCGAGCCAAGACAGAAGAAUGUUUGGGUUUGUGAGCUUCCAUUAUGCACAGACUGUUCAGGAUAUUUUGAUGAAGCGGAAUCCCCAUUUCAUUUGUAAUUCUCGUGUUCUAGUUAAGCCAUAUAGGGAAAAAUCAAGGAUCAUUGACAGAACCUGUAUGGAGAAACUAAAGCCUGCAAUGUACUAUCCUUCUCAAUAUAGUGACGUGGAACCUGAGCUUCAUGCAAUUUCUAGAGAAUCCGAUAGUUCAAGGAUGUUCAAAAGCAAGUUAAUUGAGCAGGAAAAGAUAUCUGAACUCGAGAGAAGGCGUCUCUCUGAGUUGAACUUGGCAUCAAAGCCGCUAUCUCAGCAACCUUAUCCCAGUUAUGACAUGGAAGAAUUUAAAGUUACAGAAGAUGGAAAUGAGUUCCCGCUGAUAGAUCAUUUUAGCUAUACUCUUGAUUCUCUUAACAAUGGAUCGACAAGUGAUGACAAAGCCAGGCAGUCCAGCAACAGUUACAGUGACCAGGAGAGUGGCCAAAUUGAGCUCCCAGAGAGUCCUUUUGCAUCUCCACCAAUAGAAAACAGCAUCUCUGCAGUCAUAUAGGGAUCAAGUGAGAAAACCAAAGAAUAUAUAGAGUGCUUCAUUUCAUUCUUCAGUUCGAAACUACAGUUUUCAAACUCCAAACUAUAUGGAUCUGUGAGAUGUUAGUGAGCUUUAUACCAGUAACCACAAGAUCAGUUGCUUCUCCAUUGUUACUUCAUGGGAGAAGGCUACAAAAGUAAUACAAGAACAGAUAAAGGGGGAAAUGUUACACUUUUUAUUGUAGAUACUGGAGCAUAACUUCAUCGAUUUGUAGAAGUGAAAGCAUGAAUUCAAGAUGUUUGGUUCAUUAUUGAGAGGCUGUUGUGAAUGACAUUUGAAACAGAAGGUGGUGUGAUACAGAAGGAACUGCUAAUUGGAGUGGAUAUCUUAAAUUAAUUUGCAAAUAAAGAUUUGGCUAAUUGUCGUAGGAAAAGACAAGGGCGAUGAUAUUGAAAUAGGUUAUGCAGUAUCAGUGAUGUUUCUAGUGGUAGUGGGUUUGGAUCCAAUACUAGUUUAAUCAUGUCUUUUAGCAAAACAAAGGCCCCAUUAUUGAGAAUAUGAUCUUUUCUUUUUCAUUAUU